UCCUCCUCCUCCUCCUCCUGCACUUGUCAAAGGCCCCUGAUCGCAAAUUACAUCACAGUUGUGGCCACAGACGCACACGCGUAUCGAACCGGGCAACCGUGUCUCUCUAACUCGACUGGACACAUUCGUUUCUAUUCUUACUAGAUGACACAAUGUUGCCUUUCAAGAAAACUUUUGCAGGGGAAAAGCUGCAGCUGCAGGAGCUCAAUGGCCGACUCGCCCAGUACCUCUCCAGAACCAAACAGCUGGAGCAGGAAAAUGUGCAUCUGAUGACCGAGAUCAAUCAGCUCAGGCAGGCGAAGACGACGGAGUUGGAGCCGAAGUACAAGGCUGAGAUGCGGGACCUGCGGAGGAUGGUGGGGCAGCUGUCGCGGGAGAAGUCCCAGGCCGAGAUGGAGAGGGAGAGGCUGUGGCGCGAGUUGCAGACGGUCCAGUCCCUGUGCAGCGAGCAGACCGGCGUGUGCAGGGACAUCGGUGGCGAGCUGAAAGGCUGCGAGAAGGAGCUUCACCUCGCCCACAAGGCCAACGGCGAACUGGAGCAGCGCCUGUUCCAGCUGGAGAGCGACUAUAAGUGCGUGGAGGAUGCGCACAGGCAAGAGAUGGAGCAGCUCCGGCGUCAGGUGGAGUACCGCACGGUGCCCAUCGUCACGCACACUCACCGCGGGGCCCCGGUGGCCUCCAUGGAGGAGGUGCAGGAGAUCGCCCGGGGCCUGUCCGAAGGCUGGAUGGACACCUUCGAAAUGUACCAGCAGAAGGUGGAGGAGAUGGAGCAGUCGAUUAAAGCGGACCAGGCGAGGCUGGCUGACCUGCAGAGGGAGAAGAUGCUGUAUGCCUCCGAGUUGGACAAAUUACGCACAGAGGCGGGGAAACAGGGUCACGUCCAGAUGCGUCUCGAGGAACAACUGAUGCGGAUGCAGGAGAAAUUCCGCGUGGACCUGAGUGAAUACCAGAUGAUAAUUGAGCAGCUGGAGCACGAGAGGAACGUGAUGGCUGGCACGCUCGAAGAAAAGAUGCGAGACCAUCAGCACCUUCUCCAGGUGAAGAUGGAUCUGGGCAUGGAGGUGGCUGCCUACAGGGCUCUCCUGGAGGGUGAGAGAUUGGGUCUGCAAGAUGCUCAUCGGAGGGUGAAUCAGCAUCAAAGAGAAAGAAUAAUAGAUAUUAAGAUACCUGCCCAACGCUACACACCAAGAGCUUCCAUCUUAACCACCAGAAAACAUACGGAUAUGAGGUACACACAGCAGACGUCAAGCCUGAGCAGAGCCCCUGUGCCUCCCUCUGGGUCCAUAAGUCCCUCCAGAGUUAUUCCUAUUUCAGUUGCAGGCAGAGAUCGUUAUCAAAGUCCUGCAUCCAGAAGGGACAUGAUCUCAUUCACGAAAGCUCGGGCUGCUGCAUCUACCACCACCACUGCUGCCAAAGGUGAACAAACAGGCCAGAGUGAAAACCGCAUGAGUCCCGGUGUGCAGACAACAGCAGCAGAGGAGAAAACUGUGAGAAUCAAACAGGUCUCUCCAGUGGAGAAACAAAUCAGUCCCAGCAAGUCCUCCACUGCUGAGACCAAAUCAGUUAGAGUGGUGUCACCACCAAUGAUGAGACUGAGCACGGAAACUGAAACAAAAACCAAAAAGCAACUGUCAGGUAAAACAGAGACAGAUAAUGUUUAUGACAGUGAAUCCAAAGACAAAGGGAGGAUAGAGUCUAUGAUUGGGCCAAGUGAGAAGAAGAUAUUAGACUCUGUGUCUGUAGAGGAGAUCAUUGAGAAAGUGAUAAAACCAGCAGGUUUGGAAGCUAAGGUUUGCUCAUCGGGAGAAUCCAAGGUCAGAUAUCAUGUGGAGAAAACUGAGCAGGAGGAUGGCACAACUAAAACACAGAUUGUGCUGGAGUCCAAAGUGGAGGAGGAGCUGGAUAUUUCUGAAGACUCUGCCCUGGAUGAACUUCUGAGCCAAGGUGUGAAGAAGGUGUCACUGGAGGACAUCAAGGACACACCAACAGGAAACAUGAUCAAGAAUCUUCUUAGUGACCUGCAGGGAGCAGAGAACCUGCAAAAUAAGUCUGUCAACGUGGAAAUCAUUGCAGAACCGGUGGACCCUCACAGUGAUGAGGAGCUUGAGGUUGAGCAGAAGUCCAGAUCUACUUUUUAUGAGCCCUCAACAUAUUUUCAAAUUGAGGAGCUAGAAAAUGUCCCUCAUGACACUCACGUAGAGAGGAAGAGUGAUGACGAUGCCAUGAAAUUCUCCAUGACAGACACAGAUUAUUUCAAGGGUGGAUCUAUUCAUGUUGAAGAUGUCUCUAGACACAGCGAGUCUUCUUACUUCUCCCAUGACCAAGAGCCUCAUGAGUAUUUUAUCUCCACACCUGACGAUAAUCUUUCUGAACCCGAGGAGGGUGGUGGCAUAGCUGCGUAUGGCCAUUAUGGCAUCGUAGAUGACCUGUCAGAUGAGAGGUAUUACCAAGAUGAAAGUCUUCCUACAAAAAGAGUGCUCGUAGAGGAAAGUGACGAAUACAAGUUCAUGUCGGGCGAUGACUCGUUUGUCAAAGAGAGUUUUCCAGAGUGCAUCAUUGAAGAAGAGGUCUGUGUCUCCCCCGUAGUGCAGGAGUCCAUGCUUGAGUUCCUGAGGGAGGACUCUCUCCAACCCAAAGAGCAGCUGAAGGGAGCUCUAGAGCAGCUACAAAGCUCAGUUUCAGGUCCCCUGCGGGAGGAGUUGGCUUUCCUCACAAAAAUGAGUAAUGAAAGUCCACAGAAUGUUGCUGUCAAUGUCAAAAAAGUGCAGCAGUCAAGUGACAAUGGAACAAUGACUAUAGUUGCUGAGCUAAAUGUCUCUCAAACUCUGGAAGACUCCGGGCUGCUGGAGGCAGGGGAUGAUCUCUCCGAAGAGCAGAUCAUGGCAGCUCUUGGAUCUUCUAACCUUGGGUUUGAGAAAACCUUCCAGGGUGGGGCAGGAGGAGGGUACAGCUUCAGAGUUGCCCAAGAAGAGGAUGUUGCUCACGAUGAAGAGUUUGAAUGCUCCGCAGACCAAGAAGAAGCUGUGUCUGAAAUCACUGAGAAACAUAUCAGACUGGAGCCAUCAGAGAAGUCCUUCACCUUCCAGAUGGACAUACAAGGCAGCCAUUCUGAGGCCUCUUCAGAGCAAGAUCGGCAGUCUCAAACACCAGUGAAGAUUUCUCAAGAGAAAAGAGUUGCAACAAUUUACCUUGAAAGCCCAGAUGACUAAGAAAGAAUUCAGUCAGACAUAUUUUAAAACUCAAUACUUGCCGGUAUAUCACUUGUUGAAAUGCAGAUACAGCGAGAGAUCACAUAAGGCAUGAAUGCUGAUUGGCAGACACUGUAAUAAUGCUAUACUCUUUGCAGUAAAACAUUUUAUAUCUAAUUGAUACACCCUUUUACGGUACCUACUUACCCAGUGUGUUAUCUUAACCUUGGUGUACCUAACUGCACCUCGUGAUUCAAGCUAAUUCUGUUAUUUAGUUUAAAUUACCAGAUCAUUACAUAUUUGUUUUGGCAGUACUAUGGUAAAAAAACCUUUAAAAACCUAGUUAGGAUUGUAACAUAUACAUAUUAUAGCAAUUUUCAAGGUAGGUAAUACUGGUGGGGUGUUGCGCUGAUAUAUGUUAACCUUUUUAUAGCUUGUAUUUUAUUUUCAGACAGUUUUGUGUAUUCUCUCUAGAUUUCUCUAUUUUUGUACUAACCUCCGCUUGGGUUGAUCUUAAGGAGUAGUAAACAGACUGUUCUGCAGUUUCCAGCCCACCACCAACCCAACUAUCACAUCAUGGCUGUGUCUUUCAUGAUGUUGAGUCUGCUCGGUCAACAUUUAAUGCAGAGAAACAUAUGACAGUUGGAGUUAUGAGGUGCUGUGCACCGUAUGCAGACAGGGCCUUUCAUUUUUAUUUUGUCUGAAGCACUGCUACCAAAUGGAAUGAAAUUAGUGAAUUCUGUAUCUGGGUUGAUCUUAAGGAGUAGUCCCUAGUGUGUUAAGCUUGUAGCUGACAGUAUAAUGGGAGUGAAGAAAAAGAUGGUAAUUUGUCUCAAGUUUUGAAUUCUGAGGUCAAGGUAUAGUGCAAGUAAAUGUGGAAUUUAAAGGUGGUUAUUAAGUAACUCACAAAGUUAGGUAUUUUCAGAUAAUGGAACUAAAAUAUUGGCACAUUACACAUUUUGAAUGAUUAGAAAAAAGACCUGCCCAUUAUAAAACCAAAUAAUGGGAUUCUAAAAAGUUUCUCAGUGUCAGUACUAUUUCUAAUUUCUCAACUGUGUGAACAUUUCGCUCCUGUGAACAAACUGUGGUUGGUGAGUUGGUAAUUAAAGAUGGUGGAUAAGACCAUUUAAAACUACAAAAAGAAAGGACAUAGUAAGAUGAAAGAAGGAAAAGAGGUAGCAGAAUCUUAAUGAAUCAAGGAUGCAGCAAGUGUUGUUAAAGAAGAAUUGUCACAUCUAGUUUUAAUGUAUUUCUUGUCUGAACGCCUUUCGCUUGUCCCUAUUUGUUGGUAAUCACAGUGUUGGCUUGAGGGAUUCACCUUUACUCUGACAUGGCUAUGUGGUCAUGACAGUGACUAUUUUUGGAUCAUCAGCUUAGUGGCACAGAGUGUUCACUGGGAUUUGUUGCGUUGUGUUACUUGUGGCAGAAGCAGGAACGGUCUGUUUACAGCCUGGUUAAAUGUUAUACAUGUCGUCUUCGUGGCUGCACUAAUUUAAACCUUGCCACCACUGAGCAAUGUCUUCACAGGUUGACUUUUUGGCAGUAUCAUGUUAACACAAUGUGCAGAUAUACAAUUUUAAGUUUGACCUUGAUGCUUUUUAUAAAUAUAUUAAAUGUUAUAGAUUUAAAAAAAAAAAAGAUACUUCAAUUUUAAAGAUUCGUUGCAUUGAAGUGCCCAGAUACUGCAGUUUUAAGUUUCCCAUACCUUUUCUCAUCAACUAACUGCAUUGGUGCACUCAAAAUAUUAAUAAGGAUCUUUGUUAGGUUACUGUAUGUUUUUACACAGUGUAAUCUGGAUAAUAUGUGCCAUUUAAUAGCAUAAACAAAUUGAAUAAGCAUACAGAAAUCUAUUGAUGUAUGAAGAAUGUUUAAUGAGUGAGUGUUCAAUGAUGAUAUUCACCAUGGAUAGCCCAACGUCAGUGCUUUUAUUGACAUACAGUAAUGAUUUCUACUGAACAGAUGACAUUACUGCUUUGGUUAAAAUUGGUUUUGGAAAUUGAUUGGCAUCUUAACACAAUUAAAGCCUAUUGUGGGUA